AUGGCGAAUGGAAAAGAAACCAAAGGAUUAGAAAACGAAGGUUAUCUAUCAGAUGAAUCAGACUUCUAUGGUGAUCCUGAAACCAAAGCGUCCUUUGAAGAACGUGCUGCAGACUUCGAAGCUACAGCAUAUUGGAAAAGCCAUCAACCAACUUUAACGGAAAAAGCAGAUUCCAAUGUUGCCCAAGCCCUUGCAAAUCCGGAAUCCAAAGCAACUUUGUAUAAUCCGUAUGCAGGUCAAGCAUGUGCAUGGCAACUUGAUGAGAGUAUUGAUGAUUUCUUGCGACGAAUGCCACCAAGAAGUACUGAAGUUACUCCAUCAACUCCGUGGAUAUAUGUUACCAAUCCUUUCCGAAAGGUUCCAAAAGGUACUGCGGUAAACGAUGAAGCCCCUCCUGGAGAACAUUCCGACUGGGCGAGGUGUGUAACCGAGGGGAAUCGUUUACUUGACGAACUGAUCACUAUUCGAAAUACCAUCGAGAAAGAAAACCCAAAGAAGUCCACAGUUGCAAUCGAUCGGAUGAUAAAUAAAGAGAAAGAGAUCCUUGUCCAGAAAAUUCUAGAUACAGCUAUUGAUUCUGGAUGUACUAGUGGGAAGUGGAUGAUAUUUUCUCCUCCCUCCGAAGUAGACGAAAUCUGGGCCGCAAUUGCCAAGGCCACCUCCACCAAUUCUCUCGGUAUAUCCGCUAAAGUAGCACCCAGAGAUGGAAUGGGCCUGCUUCAAAAAUCACGGCUCGUAUGUAUCUACACCGAAGAUUUCUCAGACAAGAUGGAUGUGUAUCGAGUCUUGAAAGCCAUUCGAGAAUUAGGGUUGGUUGACCGGACUCUAAAAGGCGCGAUCUAUUACAAAGCCGAUGUAUACACCUACCUCGAACUCUCCUCCAACAAUCCCUACGAUAUCAAAGCCUCUCUCUACAACUCCUUUGAAUUUUUCAAAAAUCCUCCUCUUCCUCCUUCCACAGCCGCUGGAUUAAGAUCUCACGCUUUCAAAAAGGAAAAUGGGAAGGUGGAUUCGUUCUUUCGGAAAAUCAAGAAGGAACCAAGUGAUUUGGCUCUGCAUCAGGUAAAUUAUGAAUAA